CAAGUUAAAAUUACCAAGACACGCACUAACCGGAUGUUGAUAGCGCGCACAGCGGAAGCUGUGAAAUAAACAUGGUGAAAAUAGGGCUGCAAAUAAAAGCAGAUCUUGAGCACGUUUCCAACCUGCUGGCAAGUGGAGAUGAUUUUAGGUGGUACCUAAAGCUAAAAUGUGCUAACUGUGGAGAAGAAGGAAAAGAAUACCAAUACCUGACUUUGUUGGAAAAUUCUCCUCUGAAAGGUGGAAGGGGUCAUGCUAGUCUUGUUGUAAAAUGCAAAUUGUGUGGAAGGGAGAAUUCCAUAGAUAUUCUGAAAGAUACAAUUGUGCCAUACACUGCUGAAGACAGUGGCAAGUUUAAAACUAUUGUUGUCUUUGACUGCAGGGGAGUAGAACCUACGGAUUUCUCACCUAGGACUGGAUUCACAACUGAAGGGGCAGAGUCCGGAACUAAAUUUACAGAAGUGACACUAACAGAAAAGGAGUGGUGUGAUUAUGAUGAAUCAGCUAACACGGAGGUUGGCAUAUACUCCUUGGAACAUAAAUUCAUCAAAGUAAAAUGAAAGACUUUAGGGGAUUGGGAAGUGUCAAUUUUUAUUUUAUUUUUCCCUCUCUUGAUCAGGAUGCAUACCUGUACAGAAUAUAGACAUUGAUAAAAAUAUGGCAAUGGCAAAGAGAGACAAUAAAAGUCAUUACAGGUAUCAUUUACAAAGUAACUGAAUUUUAACAUUAUUAUAAUUAUACAAAAUAAAUGCUGGUACAAGAUGUCAUUGUAUGUGGAAUUUGAUUUCAAAUAGUAAAAAAUACUAGUAGUCUUAAUAAUAAGUAAUACAAAUAGAAAAGAUCCUAGCUCUGUAUACCUAUGCCUCCAAGGUAAAGUAUAUGAUAUUACUGGAUUGUGAAAUAUCUGUCUGUACAACUCUUCAGCUGUUCAUGAAGUAAAAAUGUAUUUGUGAGGAGCAUGUCAGUAAUUACUGUAUGUUUCUUUUUCUUUUUUUUUUUUUUUUUACCAAUCAGUUUGUCUUUUGUCCCGAUUUUAUAACUCCCAAGGAAUAGAAUGGAAAAGAAUCCUUCUGUGUGUUAUAUAUAUAUAAGCAUUUGUGGCUUCAGAAGUCAAUAUAAACUGAACUACAUCAA